ACUAACAAGGUUUUAUUUGGGUAUAUUGACCUCUUCGUCGCCGUUACGUGUAACUUCAGAAGCCAGCAGAACUGACUGUGGUGUUCUGGGUGGAACGUCUCUUCAUAAUAAUGGCAAAACAAACGGUCACGCCCGCCAUCGCCUUGCUGUCCGUGAUCGUUUUCUGUCUCGCCCCGCCUGCUUCGGCCGCUCCCAACCGGCUGGUGGCUUUCCUCAUCGACGGGAUGCGGUGGGACUAUCCGGACACAGACCCCGAGCUGACGGAGUUUCGGGCCAUGGCCAGGGACGGAGCGCGGGCGAGAUACGUCACCCCGGACUUCCCGGUCAAGUCCUUUCCAAACUACUACACCAUCAUGACAGGUCUGCACACGGAAAGUCACGGCAUGACGGGAAACUACAUGUAUGACGUCAUGCGCAACACCACUUUCCUCCUGGGAGAGAACCCGGACUCGUACGAGCCGUACUGGUGGGAGGGCGCCGAGCCGCUCUGGACCACCGCCACUAAACAGGGCAGAAGGGUCAACAUGUACUACUGGCCAACCUGUGAGGUGCCCAUCUUCAACACCUUACCCAACAAGUGUGAGCCGUACGUGGGUUACCCGACCUACCGCAACAUCACCAACAGUAUAGACGACAUUGUCCAGCUCUUCAGCGAACGAGCUAUCGACAUGGCCUUCGUCUACUUCGAAAAUGUCGACAGGUACGGCCAUUCCCAUGGUGUGGAGUCCCAGCAGCGAAUAGAGGCGACUCGUGACGUCAACCGGUUCCUGGAAUAUCUCAGGGAGAAUCUCCGAAGAACAGGCCAGACUGACGAUGUAAAUGUGGUGGUGAUGUCGGAUCACGGCCAGGCCACGGUUGAGUACGGUCCCGAGGGCGGCUAUGCUAUCCUCAGCAGCUUCAUAGACCACGGCGACCUGCACGGUCCCGUCUUCUACGAGACUUCGUACGUCAGCAUGUGGCCAAAGGAGGGGCGUUUGGACAAGGUGUACGCAGAUCUCCAACGAGUUCCUCAUUCAGUAGCUUAUAAAAAGGACGACAUUCCCGAGGGCUGGCACUACAAGAAAGGGAAGUACGUCCCGCCGCUGCUGCUGGUGACCACCUUCCCAUACGCCGUUCGCGAGGACGGAGUGGUGACUUCACGGAGGAUCGGGAUGCACGGCUGGGAUAACGCCCUGAUGGACAUGAAGGGAGUCUUCAUGGCAGUGGGACCAGACUUCAGGGCCGGAUUCGUGGGCGAUUCCAUCCACCAGGUGGACGUCUAUCAGAUGAUGUGCGAGAUAACUGGCGUCUCCCCCCGCCCACACAAUGGUUCCGUCCUGAGGAUCCAGGGCCUUCUGCGCCAUCCAAUCAGCGGCGGCGUCCGAACAGCCUCCCAGAUCACGUGGGCAGCAGUCGCUGGUUUUGCUACUUUCCUUUUGUUAAGCAACUCAUGUUGACAUAAAAGCGCCAUUGAAACAGUAGAUUUCUGUGUCUAGCACAUAUAUUCGACUGUAAACUGACGUGGGGGAAGGUAUUUUUAACCAGGUAAUUAGAGCAAUCUAACGUCAAAUUUCUGUUCUUCUUAUACCAUUGCAAUGUGUGCUUUGUGUUGCUGCACCGUGUUCGUGUGUUGUUCUGUAUUCUUACCUUCAUGCAGUUGUAGAUGAAGUUCGUUAGCGUUGUGUAUUAUUGUCCCGUUUUGUUUAGAAAACUAGACAAGUAGAACGUAACUUUACAGAACACUCUAGACAAUGUUAACAUUUCCAUCACUUUUAAUCGUGAGUCACAUGCUGUUAAUAACUAGUUGUGCACCUAACACUUACUAAGAGUGAACACAAAGCCAUUGAUAGAGUUU